UAGAAUAAAGUUGGUGUUUCUUACUUUAUUGUCAUUCUAAAUAUGAAUAAUAUUGUAUCAAAUAAUUAUAAAUAUCAGCAAUUUUCAACUAAUAAUAUGUACGUGGAUAACAUUUUACUUACAAAGCGCAAGAAAAAAUACUGUAGUGCUGCAGAACGAUGAAGUUUACACCAUGGCCUCUAGGGGCGCUACUGACUUAAAGUCAACACCGGAAGCUGCAAACAGCCAACACAUGCAGUGCUAAAAUACGAAUGAUGACCAGCAAACGAGAGAGGGAGCAGUGGCGGAAGCUGCAGCACUUUUUAGCUGACCUGGCCUUACUGGGUUCUUUACAGGGUUUUAAGUACUUCCAGCCUUGGUUGAGAGGAAAAGAGGAGCUGCUGCUGACUGUUGUCAAUGAAGAUCUGGGCUGGCGCUCCCCGGGCUUCGCUGUGUCGAGAGCCUCCGCCAGCGGCGGAUCCAGCAGCAGUAGCAGCGAUAGUUCCGCGUCCAGCAGCAGCUCCCCCAGCCUGGCCAGCCGGGCCGGCUCCCCUCUGUCCGCAGAGCCGUCACAGCGGGCGCUGGCCUCUCCGACACGCGCUGCCAGGGACCCCAGCAGCGAGGAGCAUCUACUGCCAGCCUCCCCCAGCGAGCGAGAGAUGGCAGUGCCUGAGGUGAACUGCACCCUGUUUUUACUGGCCGGCUACGUGAAGUACGGGCGGCCUCACGCUUGGAUUCGCUCCAACCACGAGCGCCUGGUCGGCGUCCGAGGCACGGACUCCGUGGUCAGGGACACGCCCAUGAAGCUCAAGUCCAUCACAGACUGGCAAACUGGAGGUAGUCGCGUGUGGGACAUGGUCAGCGAGCUGGUGAGUGUGUGCACGGUGCCCUUCCCCUCCAACCCAUUCGCCCUGGACAUGCGCUACAUCCGAAGCCUUCCCGUGCCGGAGCGCUUCCUCGCCACCGGAGCGCUCCUCAACUUCCUGGAGACGUACGCCGUCUGCGGCAACCGCGACGAGUUACACUACGACAAAGUGCUGGAGGAGGUGAAGCCUCUGAGGCGUCUCCACGUCCAAACCCUCCUGGAGCUUCAGCGGCUUAAAAAGACGCCCGCCGAGCCGGACCCUUCUGUCGAGGAUUGACCGUAAACACGUUCCAUGAACUCACUUGAAAAGCGCUUCUGUCAAGCAUCUUGCCGCUCGUUUCUUUUAUCUAUUUAUUUAUUGUUUUUGGGGCAGCUCAAAGUGCGCCCCCGUUGAUGUGCCCUGCUCACGUUUAACAAGGCUAAAAAAAUAAAUAAGUGGCUAUAUUUAGCAACUUUUCUGACCUUUUCCGCGACUAACUCAUUCACAGUUGUGGACGUACAUAUAUAUUCAUCAUAUUUUACUGCCACCGACGUCCAUUGCUUGAGUACAUUGAUCAUCAGAUAAGCUGGGCGAGCCCCUCUGUGAAAUUCAGGUUUUUAAACCACUGACGUGACAAACGGAUCCUGUAGAUGGCGGCGUUGCAUCGCUUUGUAUUCAAGAUCAGCACACUUUUUGAGUGGACGACAAAGAUGAGGCAGCGACUCGAGUUGUAACGAGGGAGCGAAAUGCCAACGCGUUGCACAAGUUUAGGCACCUCACACGAGAACAGAGUAUGGAGAUGUAUGGUACAAACAGUAUCCGUCACAGUGGGUGGUAGAAAGUGCGGCGCAGCCCUGAGAAAAGAUGAACGCCGUGUAACAAAGCCACUGACAUUCAACUGGCAGCCAUGUAGUCAGCUUUGCUAGUGUCUCUAAGAUCUAAAUCUGUUGAGAAACUGACAUCAAAAGCCCUUUGUUUUAUAGUUUGAGGUUUCAUAAAGGCGGCACGGCGGUCAACUGCUUAAGAGUUCUGAGGACCGGGGUUCAAUCCCCAGCCCCGCCUGUAUGGAGUGACACAUGACAAUUUCACAAAAAGCUUGUUUUUCUGCUUUUUGGUGUUUUUGGUGGACCCAACCCAUGUUCUACUGGGAUUACUAAAGAGCAGAAAAGAUUUUU